GGAAGUGAAAACGUUGCGAACGUAAUGAACGUAUCUGGAGCGGAGAAGGCUAGAAAGAGAGAAGGCAUUAAGGGGAAGUGACGCUCUCCUCGCUCAGGGCGGAAGUUCCCCGCCCCACCCGUAAGAGUUGGGAUUUGACUAAAGGCAAAAGAGGAUCUUGCCCGCGUUCGCGUUGUCCACGGCUCCUCCUCUUGCUGCUGCGGGCGUGAUUCCUGGGAGUCAGAUGGACCACACAUCCCCGACCUACAUGCUUGCUAACUUAACCCACUUACAUUCUGAACAACUUCUACAGGGCUUGAAUCUUCUUCGUCAACAUCACGAACUCUGUGACAUCAUUCUUCGAGUAGGUGAUGUUAAAAUCCAUGCUCACAAAGUGGUACUUGCCAGCAUCAGCCCAUAUUUCAAAGCUAUGUUUACUGGAAACCUUUCUGAAAAAGAGAACAGUGAGGUUGAGUUUCAGUGCAUUGAUGAAACUGCUCUCCAGGCCAUUGUGGAAUAUGCCUAUACAGGGACUGUUUUUAUUUCACAAGACACAGUUGAAUCUCUCCUUCCAGCAGCAAACCUACUCCAGAUAAAACUUGUCCUGAAAGAAUGUUGUGCAUUUCUUGAAAGCCAACUUGAUCCUGGUAAUUGUAUUGGAAUUUCUCGCUUUGCAGAGACAUAUGGUUGUCAUGACCUUUAUUUGGCAGCCACUAAAUACAUAUGCCAGAAUUUUGAAGCAGUUUGCCAGACUGAAGAGUUUUUUGAGCUUACGCAUGCUGAUUUGGAUGAAAUUGUUUCCAAUGACUGUUUGAAUGUAGCUACUGAAGAGACUGUUUUUUAUGCACUUGAGUCUUGGAUCAAGUAUGACGUCCAAGAACGCCAGAAAUACUUAGCACAGCUACUUAACAGUGUACGAUUACCAUUGCUGAGUGUUAAGUUUCUUACUAGAUUAUAUGAAGCAAAUCAUCUUAUUCGUGAUGAUCGCACUUGUAAACAUCUUUUGAAUGAAGCUCUGAAGUACCACUUUAUGCCUGAACACAGACUCUCUCAUCAGACAGUCUUGAUGACACGACCUCGCUGUGCUCCCAAAGUACUUUGUGCAGUAGGAGGAAAAUCUGGACUGUUUGCCUGUUUGGAUAGUGUGGAGAUGUACUUUCCUCAGAAUGACUCUUGGAUUGGUUUGGCACCCCUGAACAUUCCUCGCUAUGAAUUUGGAAUAUGCGUUUUAGACCAAAAAGUGUAUGUUAUAGGUGGUAUUGAAACUAACGUGCGUCCUGGCAUCACUAUCAGAAAACAUGAAAAUUCAGUCGAAUGCUGGAAUCCUGAUACAAAUACCUGGACUUCUCUUGAGAGAAUGAAUGAGAGCCGAAGUACCCUUGGAGUAGUGGUACUUGCAGGAGAACUUUAUGCUUUAGGUGGUUAUGAUGGACAAUCUUAUUUACAAUCUGUAGAGAAGUAUAUUCCCAAAGUAAGAAAGUGGCAACCUGUGGCACCAAUGACUACAACAAGAAGUUGUUUUGCCGCAGCUGUGUUGGAUGGAAUGAUAUAUGCCAUUGGUGGGUAUGGUCCUGCCCACAUGAACAGUGUGGAGCGUUAUGAUCCAAGUAAGGACUCCUGGGAGAUGGUUGCAUCUAUGGCAGAUAAAAGGAUUCACUUUGGUGUGGGUGUCAUGCUAGGCUUUAUUUUUGUGGUGGGUGGACAUAAUGGUGUUUCACAUUUGUCAAGCAUUGAAAGAUAUGACCCUCAUCAAAAUCAGUGGACUGUGUGUAGACCAAUGAAAGAACCCAGAACAGGAGUUGGUGCUGCAGUAAUUGAUAACUACCUUUAUGUAGUGGGUGGUCACUCAGGGUCUUCCUAUCUGAAUACCGUGCAGAAAUAUGACCCUAUCUCAGAUACAUGGCUGGAUUCAGCUGGCAUGAUAUACUGUCGCUGCAAUUUUGGAUUAACUGCACUUUGACAAGUGUGGACUUGUGGAAAUAGCGUAGUGAUGAACCUUGUGCUGCAUGAAAGGAUGCCCAGUUUUCUGAAGCCCAAAAGCUACAUUGCUUUCUUUUUAACUUGAAAUGGCAUGAAGACUCAAAGUUUUGUUGGGUACUUUGAACUGACAAGUAGCUUUGGUUGCUCUUGAUUAUACAGUGAAUCAAUAAUCCAAGAAAAAAAAAAAAGGAAAGAUCUUGCCAAUUGAAUUGUGCACUUUUUUUUCCUAAUACUGGGAUAGAAUAGUUUUAUGUUCAUAAGUGUACAUGUGGAGAAAACCUUGCUGCUUUUUAAAAAAAAUUUAGCUUUCUUCCUCCUCCUUGUUCUGCACCGUUUUUUACCAGGAUGAGAGAUGCUUAGAUGCUGGAGUAUACUGAGUGACUAGACAGAGUGCUGAUACUGUUGGAUAUAAAUUCAUAUGCUUCACAUUUUAAACAAAGGGCUGCUUUUUUUUUCUGGUACUUUUAAGGGUUGUAAAUUACAUGCCAUACUGAGUCACCUGGAUAUUCUUCCUGCUAAAUGGCUUUAGGGCUGGGGAUGUAAUAAGCUUUCAAGAUAAAUGCAUUUACUAUCAUGAUUUCGGGUCCUAUUUUAAGCAAUCAGAUACUUACUGUGUAUGCCUUUUUUAUAUGGGCAGGUUAAUGCUGGAUGAAUUUAGUUACCCAUCUAUGGUAUGCUAAGCAUGGAUAGAAAGAGUUAAGCAUAUCAGUUUCAAUUUUUUUUUAGUAGUCCAGCAGGCUUCCCAGUGUUGAUGUAAAUAUUUGAUAAAUGUUUAGUACCACCCUUAGUGCACAUUAAGUUUUUUCAUAUAUGCUUACAAUAAUUUUAGUUUUUUUAAGACUUUUGUUUGCUUUUUCAAAGUAUUCAGAUAUAAAAAUGGUGCUAACUGUAGGAUCUGUAACAGGGCUAUAAAAAUGUUCUUUUGGAUGUUAAAUAUGAGAUACGCAUGACGUGUUUUGAUAGUAUUUUUCAUUUUUACCGGCUCGGUUCAUUUGUGCUUAUUAAAAAUGUUAGUGUUUAUACUAAUAUUUACAUCCAAAAAACAUUCAAAUGGCCUGUUAUGCUUUUCAUGGUUCCUGAAUAGUGAUUUAAAGAAAGAUACAUUUUAUCUUCUUUCUUCUUGUGCUAGAUGUUACAUGCCCUUCUUAAAAACAGAAAUAUAUGCAUUAAAUAUAAAGCACUAGGCAGUUAAGCAUUAUUUUGUACAUUUCUUAGGUAACUGAAUAUUUUAAAGUUAUUGAGGAAAACUGGAACUUGAUGUUUACUUGAGUAAUGGUUCUAAAUUCAGUUCCACUUUGACUAAAGAAACGAUCUUUUAAAGCAAAAUUGUUUGCUUUACCCAAGUGACAGCUUAUUUAAAAGAACUGGUUAAUUCAUUUUGUUUUGCAUGUUUUAGUAAUGUCUCUUAAUCUUGAAUACAUUACUUUGCAUUUUAUUAGGAUGUUGGUACUUGUGUUUUUGGUACUGUAGUCAUUUUGUUUUCCUUCCCUUGAUUUUUUCUUUCUCUUUUCUUUUUUUUAACUGCCCACUAUCUCUUUAUAGUCUCUACAAAACUAUAUUUGUUUCCUAAGAAAAAGUUCAUAUUGCAUUCUUAAGUGCCAUAAUGUUCAGAACUAUUGUUAAGAAGCCAUUUGUAAUUAUAAAACAUAGGUUCAUUUUUAGCAUAUAUGUUAUUUCUUGAAAACUAUUUAUAGCCAGGCAAUUUUCAGUUUUCCUUGUUCUUCCAUAAACUGCCAGUUGUAGACUUAAAUAUAUACUGCAAAACUGUGUGAACUCAUCUUUAAUCAUAUAAGUAGUUUCAUGCUUUAUGAAUAUUUGCACAGAUUAUAAAACCUUGCAAGUGAUUUUUAGUCUCUUUCUAAUUAAGAACUCAACAGGAGCUACUAAUAAAAUUGACAGGCUGAAUAUUUUCUAUGUUGCUUGUUUGAAUAACUUAAUGAUAUAUAGCAAUAACUUUUUAAUUGAUUUGAAUAAAUCUGUUGAAUAGAAACAAGGUGCACUAUUGUGAUUGGCCUAGACUUCAUUUAAAGAAAGCAAUUUAAAAUAGAUUCCAUCACAUACUUAAUUUUAAAUCCCCAUCUCAAUUUUCUUUUUGUUUAUAUCAAUCAGAAAGAAUUGUUAUUCUUGAUAACAUUAACAAUGUUAAUCAAUUAUUAAAUACAUCCUAUUACACUGUUUUUAAGCCCCUCUCCCCAGAAGAUAAGGGAAUUUGAAAGACUAUAGAAAUUUAUUUUAAUUGUAAACAGAUCUAUACUAUACAUUUUAUUUUCACAAUGUUUUCCUCACAUAUCAUCCCCACUAUCAAAUUAGUAUAAAAUAUAUAAUCGUUUGGUAAAUUAGACCAAAGAUAUAAGUUGAUCAUUGUUUUGGAAGAAUCUAAAUUUCUUCUCAGUGAAGACUAAAUGUGAAACAUUUUGGGCAGUAGUAAGAGCAAUAUACUAGAGAACAAAUUAUGAAACCCUGUGAAAGGAAGAGAAAAAAAAACCCCAAAUUUAGAAAUAUUUAUUUUAGGUUUGCUAAACCUACUUAAUUGUGCAUAAGAACCAGAGUAUUAUGACCUGACAGCUGAUAACUUUACAAUAGAGCCUUCUCAUUCAGCUUGUGAGAAGUUUCAUCAUGAAUACUUUGCUGACAAAUUGUGAAUUUAAAGCCACAUUUCUAGUGUUAAAAAGGAUCGAAAUGUUUGAUUAUAAAUUCCCAGGGUUAAAGAUUUUAGAAAUAAUUUUAUAUACUCAGGCAAGGAGGAGAAAGCUAUUUAAGAUUGCCCAGAACUAUUUUGGAAAAAAGUAACAGUGGGAAAUAGAAAUUAAUUUAAUCAUUUAGAAGAUAAUUGCCUUCUAUAAUUAUGUUAUGAAGACUUAAUCUGUUAGAAAUGUUUGGCUAUUUAAUAUUUGUUAAAUAUAGUAAUAGAACUCAAGUGAUUUUUAAUGUAACCCAAAGGAUAGUUAUAUAAGUUCCUUAUAUUAUUGCUAAUACUGUUUUAAACAUGAAUGAAUAUUACAUUUUAGGACGUGGUAUCAAAGUAAUAGGAGAAUGGCAUUAGGUUUUGAAAAAUUAUUUUGAUAACUUGACAAAUAUGGAGGGUCUACUAUAUGAGAUACUGUGCUAGAUGCUAUGGGGGCUAGAAAUAUAAAUAAGAUAUAGUCUUUUCACCCAAAGAGUAAAAUAUAGUAAGGGAGACCUGUACCCAAAUAACUAUUAUGGUAAAGUGUGAAUCUAAUUCCUUAUUUCUGACAUCAUGAAGUGAUUGGAGAUCCAAUUUAUGUAUAAACAUUUGUGUCCUCUAGUGUCCAAUUAGGUUUUAUUGACAUGAAAGAGAAUUAUUUAAAAGCUGAUAUUUAUAGAACUCCAACUUUCCUAAAAUUGGAUAAUAUAUUUUCUAGUAGAAAAACAGAAUUAUAGAAACUUAAAAAAAAUAUUAUGUUAUCAAGGCUCUGGCUAACAUUGAAGGAAAUAUAUGUAAAUAUAAUGCUGUUUGUUUUCAGUUUUGGUGUUUGAUUUCUGGUAUUGUCACCGAAGUGCUCAUUUUCAGGAAAAUCAGAUUCUACAAUAAAUACACUGCUUAAAGUUCAAUAAACUUGUGAUAACCUCUAUAACCUCUGUAGUUUGAAAGUUAAUAACUUAUAAAGAUGUCACACAUCAAGUUAACAUCCAGUUCUACUUCUUAACCUUUUUUUUUCCUUUGUAAGACAGCACUUUAGUUAGACAUGAUUUAAUUAGAUACAAUUAUUCUGUGACUGGAUGUUUAUUAGAUUUUCACUUACAGUAUAUUGAUUCAGUAUUGAUUCACAUUUGAAGAGUGAGGAAUACAAUAAGUUUUAAAUAUUACAGGUUUAAAGGUUUUCUUAAUGGUGUGAAUAUGGAGUCAAAAAUCCAGUUUACAUCUCUGCGGAGAGAAAAAUUGCUAUCCAUAUCUUUUUAUUUUAUACAUAUUUAACUAGAGAUAAUUUAUGGUUAAUUUUGUCAAGUUAUCAUGUGUUCAGUCCCAUUUAUUUUAAAAUCCUAAGCAAAAAGUUCCAAGUUUGCCUUAAAAACAAAUGAAAUUAAAGAACUGGAUGAUAAUGCCUAUAUUUUUGCCUUAUGAAUUGUGCUGUAUCAUAAACCAGAGAUGGUUUUGAUUUUAACAGGAUUUUGAAAUUUUGUAGAUGUAGAGUACUAAUAUCUGUACUCUCUUGCAAAGAAUGUGAUCUAGUUGUGGAUUAUGUUAAUGUUUAAGUGUUUUUGUAUAUGUAUUUUACCUCUGAAUAUGUAUCUUUUUAGCAUCAGGGUUUUAUUUUUGUUUACAUAGUAAAGUGGCAUUUAACUUGUUGAAGGUUGUAUUCUUUUGUCUUUUAUUUUUAAAGUUCUU